AUGAUGGACGGACUUUCUGCUGAUGCCCAGGAAGAGCAAGGGCGAGACGUCGACGAUGGUAUCUUCCAUGGAUACCUCUCCAUCAUCCACCACACCUUCCCUCUUCUUCCUGCCGUCAAAUCUCGACUUCAAGAGCAACUUGGGCAAUGCUCACUCCUUCUACGGGAGGCCUUCAUCGAAGCACUCAAUGCGACUAUGAAAUCCUUUGCAGUUCCAAACGCUGAGGGUGACUCCCGUGCAGCGAACCGUCUGCUUGGCGACUGGGAAGCCGAGACAGCAGAGCGCUCUACCGUCUCUGACCUCAUUCAUCUGCAAACUUUGAUCCUAAUGAUUAUUGAGGCUGACAACCACGGCCCAGCUUCCCUCAAAGGACAGCAUCCCGGGCCUUCAAAGUCCUCGCUCAUUGGUAGAGCUGUUGGUGUUGCAUAUUCCCUAUCCCUGCAGCGCUCUCACAUUGAUUCGAGCAUCGAUGUGCAGCCGGAGUUGGACACUGAUCACGUUCUGGGGAUCAGGGCUUGGUGGAUCUUGGUCAUUAUUGAUCGAUGGAAUGCCAUUGGUACUGCGGAUCCGAUGAUGAUUCCUAACGACACUGUUACGCUCUCAGCUGGUCUCAAGCUUGUGUUCGGAGAAGCUAUUUACCGGUUUAUCAUGCUGUCGUAUAUUAUCGGACACUGGCUGCCAGCUUCCUUGACAGCUCCUGAGAGCCUUGGCCCAGGCAGCGGCGCCGCAGCUUCAGCUGCUUUCAAUGUCAACAUGGAGAUGUGGCGGGCAGACUUCCCCCCUGACAUCACUCCUGCCGACUUCCCGGUUGUGCAUCUAGCAUACUGGCACUGCAGGCUUCUGGCUUAUCUCUUCAUGCCGUCAGCUCUCGCCACGGAUAUUGUUUGGGCUUCGAAGGAAUUAGUCCGACUACUGGUGGAGAAUCCCUCAUUACUGAGUCCAUUGAGUCACCAUUUCACGUGCCUGGCAUCUCUCUCGCUCCUGGAAUUGACCAAGGUGGAAAAGACCCGGGAAGAGGCCACCCAACUGCUUAAGCAGAUUCUUGAGUCUCACAUUGCGCCUUCUUCUUGGGAUAGCUCCAUCCGGGACAAGAUCGCCGAGACGGUUCGACCUUCGACAAGUUCCGGCGCCGAGGUUCAAGGUCUCCAGCACCUGGCAGAUCUUGCCGCUGCUACUGAGGUUUCUACAGGCGCCGCCCCAGAGAUCAAGACGGACGAUGUCCCUAAGUUCCGCACCAGCGAUACUUAUGAUGACUUGGGCUUUGACCCUCGUCCUAUGCUACGUGCGGGCUAUUUGAACGCGUUGAACCUUUCCACCUCAUAG